ACACCGUGUAGGAAGAGAAGCACAACAGUGGGAGCCCGCGACCAUGAAAGGUUCGCAACGCUUGCGAGACGCUCCGAUUAGCCAGUGGACUAUGUCGUGAGUGACGGGUUUCAUAGCUGGGAUUUAAUAUCAGAAAUACGAGCCGCCAAGGAGGGGUAAAAUAUGUCCGCCUCGGUGGGGCCCCGCGGCGGCCCUCGCCCACCCGCAGCGCCGCCCUCAAUGCCCGAACUGCCGGACCUCAGUCACCUUACAGAAGAGGAAAGGAAAAUUAUCAUGGCUGUGAUGGUUCGGCAAAGAGAGGAAGAGGCAAAGGAGCAGGCCAUGUUAAAAGAGGAGAAGCCAAUACAAGCAAAAACAGUGAAUCUUGUUGGGAACAAGAAACCCCCACAGCAGAAUGACAUCAGUAUGCACCAUCAGCUUGUCAGCUGUAAGGAGCAGGUGCGGCGGGUAGCACAGGAGCCUCAGCAGAGGCAGCAGGGCCAACACAAGGACGACGCUCCCACCUGUGGCAUAUGCCACAAGACCAAGUUCGCCGAUGGCUGCGGGAACCUCUGCUCCUACUGCCAGACCAAGUUCUGCGCCCGCUGCGGAGGACGAGUGGCUCUGCGCUCCAACAACGUAAUGUGGGUGUGUAACCAGUGCCGUAAGCAACAGGACAUCCUCACUAAAUCAGGGGAAUGGGUUCCAGGACAGGGGCCAAAGCCGAAGCCACCGCGCCUAGUGACAGCAGUGAGCGACCCGACCAGGUCUACUCCCCCCGUGGGAGAGAAGAGAGUGCGCUCCAGGUCUCAGAUGGCCCUCAGCUCCUCAGCCUCCACUGCCCCUGGCAACCAACUGCCCACCUCCGCAACUCCCAGCAAAGGUCCUGCUGCUGAACAGACGGACAUGCCUUCAUCCCGGUCCCGCAGUGAGCCCCCGCGAGACAGGAAAAAGCAGUCAUCAACCUCAGAUCUGAAUAGCAAGGCUGGUGUGAGGGAUGAGAGGCGUCGGGGACUGGCCAAACUCCAGUCCCAGGCUUCAGAGGAGCAGGAGGCCAGGGACGGUCACAGGGAGAGUCGGCGUCUGGUCAAGGCUCGAUCGCAGGAGCGGAGUGAUACAGAGCUGGAUAGAGAGGCAGGGGAGGCCAGAAGGACAGAGGGUGAGCAGAGGCCACCUCGAGAAGAGUCCCGAGGUGAGCCUAAGACGCCACGCCACGCAGCCAAGCCCCAGCCAGGGGAGCCUGAGGGACAUUCUCACCCAAAGGCACCCCGGGCCAGGCAGGCUGAGGUGGGCAUGCCCGAGAGGGAGGCUGUGGACAAGGGGAAGGAAAGUACAGGGGGCCGGAGGUGGACAGAGGAGAGGCAGGGCUCUCUGGAUGCCCAGCAGCAAGCUUACAUGUGGGAGAGGACCGUGGGGGGAACUGGCGGACAGGGAGGCGCCCCAACGCAAACUCCUUCCUCUAAAACGAACCACACCUCACAACCGCCAGCCCCAGGGUUCCGGGUGGGUGUUGUCAUGCCCUCCGGGGCCCCUGAGCUCAGGGAGCCUGCAGAAUGGGGCAGGAAGCUGCAGCCAAGCCACCUGGAGCCUGGCUCAGCUGCCAUGCUGCGCAAGGCCAAACGUGAAAAAGCCGAAUGCAUGCUGCGCAAUGACUCACUCAGCUCCGACCAAUCAGAGUCUCUGCGACCGCCUCCACCCCGCCCCUACAAGACCAAACGUGGCAGCAACAAGCGGCAAAUGUCUGUGAGCAGCUCAGAGGAGGAGGGCGGCUCCACACCCGAGUACACCAGCUGUGAGGACGUGGAGAUUGAGAGUGUCAGUGAGAGAGGGGACUGGGAGUGCUAUCCUCUGGAUCCCACUGCGUGGCAUCAUCCAGUUACGUGGCAGCCCUCCAAGGAAGGUGAUCAUUUAAUCGGUCGCAUCACACUGAGCAAGCGCACGGCCAUGCCCAAAGAGGCCGGAGCACUGCUGGGGCUAAAGGUGGUUGGGGGGAAGAUCACAGAAACAGGGAGACUUGGGGCCUUCAUCACCAAAGUUAAAAAGGGAAGCCUGGCUGACGUGGUGGGCCAUUUACGGGCAGGAGAUGAGGUGCUACAGUGGAAUGGUAAAUCAUUACCAGGAUUAACCAAGAAGGAAGUUUACAACAUCAUUCUGGAUUCCCAAACGGAACCUCAAGUUGAAUUAGUCGUUUCAAGGCCAAUUGGUGAUAUACCAAGAAUACCAGAAACAUCACACCCCCCAUUAGAAUCUACAGGUUCAAGCUCCUUUGAGUCCCAGAAGAUGGAGCGACCAUCUAUAUCCGUGCUGUCUCCCACCAGCCCGAGCGGUCCGAGGGAUGCGCCCCAGCUCCUGCCUGGACAGCUCUCGGUGAAAAUGUGGUAUGAUAAGGUGGGCCAUGAGCUGAUAGUGAACGUGCUGCAGGCCAAAGACCUGCCCUCCAGACAGGACGGACGUCCAAGAAACCCUUACGUGAAAAUGUACUUCCUUCCAGACAGAAGUGAUAAAAGCAAGCGAAGGACGAAGACAGUCAAGAAGAGCUUGGAGCCCAAGUGGAACCAGACGUUCGUGUACUCUCACGUUCACCGGCGCGACUUCCGCGAGCAUAUGCUGGAAAUCACGGCGUGGGACCAGCCCAGAGUGCAGGAUGAGGAGAGCGACUUCCUUGGAGAGGUCCUGAUCGAGCUGGAGACUGCACUGCUGGAUGAGAAGCCUCACUGGUACAAGCUGCAGACGCAUGACCUUUCCUCCAUUCCACUGCCCCACCCCUCGCCGUACCUGCCGCGUAGACACGCUCACACCGACACACCCACCAAGAAGCUACAGCGCUCUCAGCGUAUCACAGAAACUGAGUAUGAUGGUUUUGGCGUAGUGGCAGAAGCUGUGGAGAGUCGACCAAGGGAAAGAGAAAGGGAGAAGGACAGAGAGAGAGAGAGGGAGAGAGAGAGAGAGAGGGAGAGAGAGAGAGGGAGGGAGAGGGAUAGAGAGAGGGAGAGAGAGCGGACCACGUUAGAGGUUCCUGAGCAGCAGAGGGCUACCCAUCAGCGCUCUCGCUCAGCCUCUCCUCACAGGGAGGAGGGGAGCAGGGCACGGUCACGUCCUCCCAACAUCCCCAUGCAGAGGAGUUUAGACGAGGUGCAGCACAGCCGUAGGUCCCGUUCCCCAACCCACUACCACGAGUGUGGUCAUGGACAGGAGAGAGAGUAUGUGGAUGACAGUGAGUUCAUCUUAAUACACAGAUCAAUGCGGGGCAGGAGUGCCGAGUGCCUGAACACCGAAAGUGAGCUGCAGCCCCCUCUUAACAGGGUUAGAAGUGCUAGUACCAACUGUCUGAGACCAGAUUCAGAUUCCAAUACACCUGAUCGAGAAAGGAGCACCCAGUCUCUCCCACGUACCAGACCCACCAGCCCCAGGAUCCUAAUCCAACAUGCCUCCCCUGAGGAUGACAGCUGGAUUUCAGAGCCUAUUUUUCCUACCCAGGAGACAGUUAACCACCUCAGUGCAAGGCCAGGGGCACAGAGGCAGUCAAGAACUCUGGACAAACCUAGCUAUCAGAAACCUGGCAGGAAACUAUCGGGCAGUGAGCGGGUGCACCCACAUGACAGCAGUUCGUACGUGUCAUCAACAGCGACUCCCUCAUCAGCACGUAUGGGCCGACAGUUGCCCCAAGUACCCGCUAAAAGCAGCAGUGUAGAACAGGCCCUUGCCUCAGAGGAGCGGUCACGGCAGAUGAAGGUACAUUCCUACAGGGCUCCAGCUCCCGCCGGUACCAGCCAGGACCUGGAGAGGGCGCUCAAGAGCAAACGAGAGCUUUAUAAAGAGCAGCGCCGGAGCUGUGAUAAUGUGUCCCAUAAGUCCUCAGACAGUGAUGUCAGUGAUGUGUCAGCCAUCUCUCGUGCCAGCAGUGCCUCACGGAUCAGUAGCACCAGCUACAUGUCCAUCCAAUCAGAGCGACCCAGGGGCCAUUUCAGCCGUCACAUUCGCCCGGCCAGCCAAAGCAUGCUGAAGAGCACGAGUGUGAGCGGCGACAUCUUCUCCCUGGAACACACGGACGGCAGCCAGUCGGACACGGCGUUGGGAACGCUGGGCGCAGGGGGCAAGAAGCGGCGCUCCAGCCUCAGCGCUCGAGUGGUGGCCAUCGUUGGCAUCCCGUCGCGGCGCAGCAGGAGCACGUCGCUGCUCAGCCAAACAGAAGCAGCAAAUAAGAAGACUAAAGGCUCGAGUCAGAUCCAGCGGAGUCAGGAGACGGGAAUGGCGGUAGAAUACCCCCGCAGUGCCAUGGCUCGGCAGGCCAGUCGCGAGUCCACCGACGGCAGCAUGAACAGCUACAGCUCUGAGGGGAAUCUGAUCUUCUCAGGGAUGAGGCUUGGGGCUGACAGUCAGUUCAGUGACUUCUUGGACGGCCUUGGCCCUGGCCAGCUAGUGGGGAGGCAGACACUAGCCACACCCUCCAUGGGAGAUGUCCAGAUUGGGUUAAUGGACAGGAAAGGACAGCUGGAGGUGGAGGUGAUCAGGGCACGUGGCCUUACUCCCAAACCAGGAUCCAAAUCGCUGCCAGCUCCCUACGUUAAGGUCUACCUGCUGGAUAGCGGAACAUGUAAAGCCAAAAAGAAAACCAAGAUUGCACGAAAAACACUUGACCCAUUGUAUCAGCAGUCCCUGUUGUUUGAGGAGAGUCCACAGGGUAAAGUUCUCCAGGUAAUAGUGUGGGGUGAUUAUGGGCGCAUGGACCACAAAUGCUUCAUGGGAGUUGCACAGAUCCUUUUAGAGGAGCUGGACCUUUCUAGCACAGUGAUUGGCUGGUAUAAACUGUUUCCCCCAUCUUCACUGGUGGACCCAACGCUUGCUCCUCUCACUCGACGUGCUUCCCAGUCGUCACUCGAUUCAGGGCCACCAGGUGUCAGGUCCUAGUGAAUGGGAGAAGACUCAAGACGAAACACAGCCGGAUGGACAAAGGACCCGUGGCAACAAUCAGCGCCAGAGGGGCAGAUGGACAGGUGGACGGAAUCACGAUCAAAGCUUUGCUGGAGCCUGACAAUCACUUCUCUCUUUUCUUUUUGGUCUCUGGAUCGUAAAGAUUCCCCUUUGAUCCACUCCGCUCCCUACUGCAUGUUGUGUUUGUUUAAGCCAUGUUGCUGAGAUGACGAGUUAGCCCAAAUGAAAGCGGGAACCACGGGCAGCUUAAAGCAAUCCGCCACGGCUGACAGAGCUAGGAUCCGACCGUGACGCGGGUAGCCUGAUUGUUCCUUGCCAAUCGGUAACAUUUAGGAGUUGUGCUCCAACCAUACAAGGAGUAUGUGAGUGUCUCAGAGGCGGUGGUGUAAUAGCGGUUCAGAGAAGAAAGCACUGCCCCUCCCCUACUCUGCCCAUACAGGAAGCCGCUCUGCUGGGGGAGGCCUGAGGUCAGGGGUGAACAGGCAAAGGUUAGUCUACUCAGUCUCCCCUCCUCCUCAUGCAUGCUGAGACCAGGGCUACUCCACGUGCCAGUCAGGUUCUGACUCAGAACAAGUGCGCGUGAGAGGGGCAGCCAGCAGGGGAACCUUGUGUCUGUUUACAGCAGUCAUCACUGACUGCUUUGCCUUUUUUUUAUUUAAUGCAUCAGCACACCUUGUACAAUGUGAAGACAUGGUCCAUGUUUUCUUUCUGACAUCUGUCAUAUAAGCUUCAAGAAAGAUAAAGAAAUGUGUGCAUUAGAACAAUGGGACUUUAUGAACCUACCAAUAUGAUUUAACUUCAGCCUGGCCAGGAGAUUAUAGAAAUGGUUUAUUCUGAUAUAAAUAUGUUAAUGCAUUUAACCUCCUAGAAUGCUGACCAUCAAGUGUACUUUGAGCUCUUGCCAGUACAUUGAGAAAUGGUCGCUAUGGGCAAGCCCAGUGCACUUUAACUGAUUUAGUAUAUUGUUUUGGGGACCUGCACAUAACUGAAUUUCAAACUAGGGCUUAAAUUAUUUUAAUGCAAGCACAAAUGUUUUAUUUUUAACCCAAUUUUAAAUAUGAAGGCCAAAUCAUUAUUAGAUUUUUAUUUUGCUUUUAAAAUUUUGUUGUGGCUUAAUUUAUGAUUUUUCCUAAGCAUCUAAGUGAAUGUGACUUUAGGUGGGAGGUGGUUCAGAGGUGGUUUAAGGGUUGGUGAUUUUGGAGUGUGAGAUGUUUCAGGAGCUGGCCUGAAGUGAUUCAGGAGUGAAAGGUAGUUCAGAGCUGGCCCCAGGUGAUUCAGGUGUAAAAGGUGGUUCAGAGAUGGCCUGAAGUGAUUCAGGAGUGAAAUGUGAUUCAGGAGCUGGCCUGAGGUGAUUCAGGAGUGAAAGGUGGCACAGAGCUGGCCCCAGGUGAUUAGGACUGAAAUGUGAUUCAGGAGCUGGCCUGAGGUGAUUCAGGAGUGAAAGGUGAUACAGGAGCUGGUCUGUAGUGAUACAGGAGUGAAAGGUGCUUCAGAGCUGGCCCAAAGUGAUUAGGAUUGAUAUGCGAUUCAGGAGCUGGUCUGAGGUGAUUCAGGAGUGAAAGGUAGUUCAGCAGCUGGCAUGAGGUGAUUCUGGACUAGAAGGUAAUUUAGAGCUGGUGUGAGGUGUUUUAGGCAUUUGAGGUGGUUCAGGAGCUGGCCUUAGGUGAUUCAGAAUAGACAGAUUGAUGAGGAGAUGGCCUGAGGUGGUGAACUCCAAAAACUCACCACCUGCUCCCCCAACAUGGGCAACAGCAUGAUUCUGGAACUGUUCCAAGCUGCAUGCACAUUUUGUAAAACAAGACAGAUGAGAAAAAAGACACUAAAAUAAAUGUGUUAGUUCCACAUACUGUAGGCCAGCUUGUAUGUUGCAUGUACUUGUACAGUUUGCUCGUACUUGAUAUUAAUAGAUUAACCAAUAAAACAAAGCCAUUCAUUCCAUAUGUGCGCAUUUGGCCAACUUUAGCCGUGCACACAGGCCUCAUUUUUUGGGGGUUGAAUGUUGAGAAGUUUUUUAUUUUAUUUUAUUAUUAUUUACUUUUUACCCUAAUAAUAAAGUAAGUGCUGUACUGUAGUACUGAGCAAACAUAAGGCCCCUUACUGUUUUUACUGAAGAUAUUGGUGUUCACUGUAGUCUACUAAUGUGGAGCUAGAUUUGAGCUAGAUAAUGUGUAUAAAACCAGAGCAAUCUAUAUAUGGAAAAUUAUGAUUGUACAAAAAUGAAAACUAUAUAUAUAAAACUUAAAAAGAGUGUAUCCAAGUCAAUGUCACCUACAGAAACAUAUUGUAAAUAUGAGUCUGCUAUGAGGUUUACUUAUAUUUACAAAGUGGCCCUGUCAAAAUGGAUUAAUGCUGUGUCUCCUGGCUCCGUUGAACGGAACAAAGGCUGAGAAAGGACACCUCCUGAGUUUCUGGUUCCUUCUGAUAUUUAUGGUCAAAAUGAUGACUAGAAUUGUGACCUUUGCCUGCCUGUUACUGCAUUAGAACAAAGCCCACGAGAUCAUGUUUUGAUAAGUUUACUUUUCAUGUCCAUUACGGCAGACUUCUUUACUUUACUUUGUCAGUAUUACCCAAGGAUACUGAUUGUUUACAAUUCAUGUGUCCCACUGAAACAGAAUAGAAAGUAUUCACUACAUUUCUUGUUUGUACAACAGAUGCGGCUCAAAUGAUGUGUAUGUUUUAUAUUCAGGAGUUCAUUUUUAUUAUUUACAAAUAAAAGAAUGUGUGGAAGAAGAAA